AUGUAUGUAAACUGCGUAGCAGUGGGAUCUAAGAUAUAUGUGUUUGGUCGGAUGAGCGAUUACGAGAAAAAAACGUUAAGCGUUGACUGUGGAUCUCACACCGUGCAACUCUUCCCUAGUAUGCCUGUACACGUGGGUUGUUUAGUGGCUGACAUCAUAGAAGAAUCUACGGAGUUGGAUGUCAGCUUUUCCGAGGUCUGGGAGAGGGUGAUGGUGGUGUUCGAUACAAAAACACAAACGUGGGAGCCUGGGAUGAUAUCAGUAGACAAGGAGGGUAUUAUUUAUGGUUGUGUGGUGAUGGCUAAUAAGAUGUAUACGAGGAAUCAUGCUGGCAGCUUUGUUUACGAUCCAAAGGAGAGUAAAUGGGAAAAGGAAGAGAUGCUGAAUCUUCACGAGUGGGUAAAUGCGUGUGUUAUUGAUGAUGUGUUGUACUACUUGGAUUUUUACGAGGAAGAGUUAAGGGCAUACGAUGGAAAGAAGAGGUGUUGGCAACUGGUGAAAGGUUUGGAAGCAUUGUUGCCUGGGAAGAGAAGAAUGAAAGAGUGGUCACAGACAGUGAAUUACGAUGGGAAACUAGCUUUGUUUUAUCCUAGAGGAGACUGGGAAAUCUGGUGUGCGGAGAUUUCGCUGGAAACACGUCAAGGAGGGGAGAUUUGGGGUACUGUUGAGUCGUGCCGUCAUCUUGUGAAUGCGCAUUCGUCCUCUAUGAAAGUUCUAGAUGUUGUUGUUUGA